AUGUUUCUAUUUUGCGUUUUAGCGCGCUUUUUGUUCAACCAUGUGUUUGAAAAUUGUAAUCAGCUGGAACUGCGCUCCUGUACAGACGCAUCUCAGAUACAUGACGAGAUAGAAGAACUAAGCAAGGAGCUCGGCCUCUUUAAGGAUGUCCAGAAGAGUAUGCUGGAGAGUGAGUAUCGACUUAUUCUGGAUAGCGCCACAGACUUGUCUAGUAUCGGAUGGCAGACACUGUCAUACAUUCUGCUGUACAGAAUAGCUGAAGUUCAUACGUUUUACAAAAUGCUCGAAGCUUUCAAAGAGAAAUUUAUGUUUAGCAGCUCGUUUGAGGAAUUCUUCAAGGCAUGCGAUAUCGAAUACACGUUUUACUUGCGAAUGCUUGUGGCAUCUUACUCGUGCAAAGAACAUUUUAUGGAAUUUGUUAUCAGUCUAUUUACGCUCCUGGGAAUGGAUAAAGUGGAAAUUUUUGGGUUGAGAGAAGCCUUGAUAGAAUUCUAUUACACCCUUUGUGUGUACAUCCAGGCAGAGAAGUUGCCUUUACUGUCUACAGGUAGGUUCAGGAUGUGUAUACAAAGACUGAAGAAAUAUCGUACAAUGUGCUUGACAAGGUGCAAGUUGCCAUUUUGUCGCGAAUUCUUUGAUAGUACGAAAUAUAAUGAAAUUAUUCAGAAGCUGCUUACCAAAGGUUCGUUGGAUUAGUAACAUUAAAGUAAGGGUUUAUGGUCG